AGAGCAUCAUGUCCACCAUGGCUUGUGUUUAUUCUGAAAGUCUAACAUUGGACCUGCGUAUAAAACAGAAUUACAAUGCUCAAUUUGCAAAAUUGUGUUGGACAACUGGUAGGUAGAGUGAGAAGACAACAGUUCAUUGGUUUGCUAACAAGCUGGCAACGGUGAAAUCAGUUAGAUAACGUUAGCUAGCUACGCUACCAGUAUAAUCAAGUAGCUAACCUUGUUACUAAACGUUUCUUAGACUCGCUUUUCGACGCCGAAAACCCUUUACAUUGUAGCCAACGUAUGAGACAUCAUCUUCUAUAACUGGUGUUGGAAGGGUGGCUCCCUUCACGUCUUUUUCCUCGAUGUCUCAGCGCAAACAUGUUGAAUUGCUUUGUUUACCUUUUGAAUUUGACGGAAUUUACCCAGAGUGCAACGCGUUAUUUACAUUAUGACGUAAAAGUGAAAUCAGGCCAUUUCCGGGCAGCACAAUUCACAGCACCAUGGAUCAGGUGAUAUGUCAGCUGAUGAGCAGAAGAACCAGGAAGAGAGAUUGGGUGUCAUAGCGUUGUUAUUUCUCAAGAAGUAUUAUAUUUAUAAACCCAAGACACAUCAUAAUAUCUGAGAAACACAUUAUUAUUGCUACACAAAGACAAUACAUUCAAAAUGUUUGCCGCUGACGACGAGGAUGGAGAUUUUCUGUCGCCUACUGGAGGGUGAGUUUGCUUUCUUUCUGGUAUUAGCCAGCUAGCCUAUCUAGCUAAACUUUUUUUUUAUUUUUUUUUACAUAAAACUGCUUAUUUUGUAGCUAUCUUGCUUGUUUGCUUUUUAGACACUGCCUGAAUUGAAGUAGGCUAGGUUGUCAUUUUCACAGAGCUAGCUACAUAGUUACUGCACGCACUGACAAAAACUGCACCGAUGCGAUGGAAAAUGGCUAGCUGCGAAAUGAUUUUGAUUGACCCUGAAGCCUACUACAACCGAAUUCACUACAACAAUUUAAAAUAGUCAAGCCCCUUCACACACACACACAGUCUGGUACAUUUGACAGACUUGCGCGAGUCGGGCGCAUGCCUUGCACGAUAUAAAUCGAAAGAAAAUGUGACCUAGCCUUGCUCUUCGCGCAUCCUCAGUUAGAGCCUUGUGUUCUGAGACAGGCUUUGUCCUCCACCUCUCACCCAGAGACAGUAAUGCAUGGGAUUUGCAUGGACAGUGGGUGUCUUAUGCAACUGAUUCGGUCUCAGGUCACUGUAUUUGCAGCAUCCUAUGUUUAGGGUAGUUUGUGAUUUCACCCAAAUAUGUUUUCCCUUUUGGCUGUGAGCCCAAUUUCAGUUAAAAAAUUGGUUUGGUACCAAAGUUGCUGGAUGAAUAGGUCUGCUAUGUCUCAUCUGAAGUUCAUAACUAUUCAAUCACUUGUACAAUGCAUGCUAACUGCCAACUAGGGCCUGUGUUAUUUGGUUCUCUAACAUUUCCUGGAUAGUGGGGCAAUAGUUCCCUCGGCUAAUAUGAUUUGGAGGAAUAAAACUUGUCUGGGCCAGGAGCAGUGAAGGAGGGGGGAGGCUAGCGUUGUGGCUCCUAAUUCCUCUCACAUGCUGGUAGUUAGGGCCAGUAGGGCGAGGGCUGCCUGCUCCUUCAGAUCAGCUCAGAAAACUGGACUGCAGAUUGAGCCACAGCUCUUCCAGUGAUAUGGUGUCAAAUCUGCCAUGGAGGUGUGACUGCAUUGGAGAACAAGACAUUGGGGAAAGGAGAGGAGGGCAUCACUAAGGGUGGCAACACUGAAACUCAGUGUGUUGUUGGGUGGCCCAUGCCUGUUUUACAAGUGGCUAAACAGGCUACUCUUCACCACCAGUCGUCAGCAACAAAGACCCAGGCCUCAAGGUGCCCACCAUGUCUUCUGCUCUGAGGGAUAAUGACUACCUGUGGAGGGAGAUCCAAGGGUCAGUAUGGCCCUGCUCUGGAUGGAAACGUUCAAGUGAAAUCUGAUGAUUUUCAUCUUGAUGAUGAACAUAGCAUUCAUUUUCCACUGGUGGUCUGUCGUCUGUCUGUGGCAGUUGAGGAAGGUUAUGGGGCUUUUUAUUAUGUGAAUUUGUGAUAUGGUUCUUAUGAUAGCAAGCAUGUGAAAUGUUCUUGUGAUGUAUUUACGCUUCAGUUAUGGCAACAUAAUAUUGUUAGAGAUGAUGGUGCAAUACAUGAUGAUGUAAGCUAUUCUAGUGUGUAAGAUUAUUGUAUUGUAGUAAGAGCUGCUGUGAUAACCUACAUUCGUGGUAUUGUGUUUGUCAUCUUUAAUUCAACAACAUGUUAAAUGUGGACUUUUUAACAUGAACAUUGUAGAAUGUUGACUUGACUUGUUGGAGGCAGUUGCUUUGGGAUUCAGAAAUCCUCAGUCUGUCAGAUGAAAGGGCUCAUAAGAGCAGCUUUUCUCUAUUGUGUGGGCAUGGGUCUUGAUAUACAGUGUGGUGGCUGUAUCAACCAGGCAUGGGGAUUUUGUUCUCUCUGCUCAAUAUAAAAUCAGGAACAGUAAGCAAGAAAAUUGUUAACCAUGAAACAGCAACAACUGAACUGCUGAGUUGAUAGAAUAGCUUUUGCUUUUUAUCCAAUCAGUUUUUUUUUGUCUCUAUGGAACAUAAUAUGGUGUGUUGAUCUCUUUUGAACUUCACUUAGGAGAGAGCCUAGUAGGCCUACCUCAUUACACCAAUAGGGCUUUUGCAGAUUAUGGGCUUACAGAAAUAACCUAAAUAACACUUGCUCUAUGUCCAGGUUCCCCAACUCGCGGCCCGUGGGUGAUUUUAUUUGGCCCCCCAAGUUUUCUGAGCAAAAAAUAUCCGUUUGGGCUUCUUGCGGUCAAUUUGCAGUCUACAAAUUAUUUGUAAUUACAGUGGAUUCGGAAAGUAUUCAGACCCCUUCACUUUUUCCACAUUUUGUUUACGUUACAGCCUUAUUCUAAAAUGGAUUAUGUUGUUUUUAUGAUACCCCAUUAUGACAAAGCAAAAACAGGUUUUAGAAAUGUGUGCUAAUUUAUUCAAAAUAAAAAAAACGGAAAUAACAUUUACAUAAGUAUUCAGACCCUUUACUCAGUACUUUGUUGAAGCACCUUUGGCAGCGAUUACAUCCUUGAGUCUUCUUCGGCAUGACGCUACAAACCUGGCACACCUGUAUUUGGGAAGUUUCUCCCAUUCUUCUCUGCAGAUCCUCUCAAGCUCUGUCAGGUUGGAUGGGGAGCGUCGCUGCAUAGCUAUUUUCAAGUCUCUCAAGAGAUGUUCGAUCGGGUUCAAGUCCGGGCUCUGGCUGGGCCACUCAAGGACAUUCAGAGACUUGUCCUGAAGGCACUCCUGCGUUGUCUUGGCUGUGUGCUUACGGUCGUUGUGCUGUUGGAAGGUGAACCUUCGCCCCAGUCUGAGGUCCUGAGCACUCUGGAGCAGAUUUUCAUCAAGGAUCUCUCUGUACUUUGCUCCGUUCAUCUUUCCCUCGAUCCUGACUAGUCUCCCAGUCCCUGCCGCUGAAAAACAUCCCCACAGCAUGAUGCUGCCACCACCAUGCAUGACCGUUGGGAUGGUAUUGGCUAGGUGAUGAGCAGUGCAUGGUUUCCUCGAGACAAUACGUUUGGCAUUCAGGCCAAAGAGUUCAAUCUUGGUUUCAUCAGACCAGAGAAUCUUGUUCCUCAUGGUCUGAGAGUUCCUUCGGUGCCUUUUGGCAAACUCCAAGCAGGCUGUCAUGUGCCUUUUACUGAGGAGUGGCUUCCGUCUGGCCACUCUACCAUAAAGGCCUGAUUGGUGGAGUGCUGCAGAGAUGGUUGUCCUUCUGGAAGGUUCUACCAUCUCCACAGAGGAACUCUGGAGGUCUGUCAGUGACCAUCGGGUUCUUGUUCACCUCCCUGACCAAAGCCCUUCUCCCCCGAUUGCUCAGUUUGGCCGCGUGGCCAGCUCUAGGAAGAGUCUUGGUGGUUCCAAACUUCUUCCAUUUAAGAAUGAUGGAGGCCACUGUGUUCUUGGGGACCUUCAAAGCUGCAGAAAUGUUUUGGUACCUUUCCCCAGAUCUGUGCCUCGACACAAUCCUGUCUCGGAGCUCUACGAACAAUUCCUUCGACCUCAUGGCUUGGUUUUUGCUCUGACAUGCAAUGUCAACUGUGGGACCAUAUAUAGAGAGGUGCGUGCCUUUCCAAAUCAUGUCCAAUCAAUUGAAUUUACCACAGGUGGACUUGUAGAAACAUCUCAAGGAUGAUCAGUGCAAACCGGAUGCACCUGAGCUCAAUUUCGAGUCUCAUAGCAAAGGGUCUGAAUACUUAUGUAAAUAAGGUAUUUCUGUUUUUUGUUUGUAAUACAUUGCAAAUAUUCCUAAACUUUUUUUUCGCUUUGUCAUUAUUGGGAAUUGUGUGUAGAUUGAGGAACAAAAUGCAUUUAAUCAAUUUUAGAAUAAGGCUGUACUGUAACAAAAUGUGGAAAAAGUGAAGGGGUCCGAAUACUUUCCGAAUGCACUGUAUGUUCCGGCCCUUUGACCAUCCGCUCAAGAAAAAAUCAGCCCGUGGCUGAAUCUAGUUGAUGAUCCCUGCGCUGUGUUAUUUCAGGGCAAAGCUGGCAUCACUUUUUGGACUGGACAAAGCACCAAGUCCGGGGAAUGAAUCCUUCCAAUAUACAGCCCCUAAACAGCCUAGGAAGACCUCGAAUCAAGGUAAAAACAUAAUUUUAGCAAUGGAAGGAAAUAUGACCAAAGUUAGGUUAAUAUGCUCAGGUGAAACUGAGAUGUGUUUACUGACAAUAGAGCAUGUUUUAAUUUCCAGGACCUCCUGCCCAGAAACACACUGCCCCUCCUGGUACUCCUGCGGUAUUAUUGGCCACAGCUAUCCAUGCUUUCAAAUAGUGAGUAUCUUUAAACUGUACAAAUGACUUGAAAUGCCACCCUGUUGAUGUGACAUCAUGAGACCCAUUCAUUUGUUUUGAGUUCAUGACUUACUCCAUAACUGACGGUGCAUAUUUCUGUUUAGUCUUAACGGACAGUAUCAGAAACAAGGAAAGCUUGGAGCUGCAGUCCUGGGUAACCACACAACCAAAGAGGUGCGAGCAGAGAUGUUUUUUAUUAUUUUUUUAAUGUACAUUUUCAUGAGACUUUGUCUCUUUGAACAUGCUGAUCAUACACGUUUGCUACCAAUGAUCUAAAAGUUCCCUGUCCUGUUUUUUUCAUAGUACAAACUCUUGCUGUACGCCAGUCAACAGAAACAAGUGACUGCGGCCAAGAUUCAUGUUGGGUUCGUCUUUACGGUGAGUUUGUGUCAGAAGAACCUGAGCAAGUGAAGAGAGAGCCAGUUGGCUUUACUUAAAGAAUCUCAGCUCUUACUCUCUCCUAUUGUCUCCUGCAGGUUCAGCCCAGCAACUACUGCACUUUUUAUGACGACCAGCGUCAGAACUGGUCCCUGAUGUUUGACACAGACAAAGCUGCCGUGGACUUUUGUAAAGAGGUGAAGGACAGCAGAUGGACUCUGAGUUCGUUUAAUUUCUUUGUGUAGAAAACAUUUAAUAGUGGUAUAAAAGUGAUUGAAAUGGCUACUUGUCUUUGAUUUAGGUAUGUUUGGCAAAAGUGAACAGCGCCCCCUCCUUAGAUAUGGUGGUGGUGCAGGACCUGACACUAGGGGAGGGGCAGGGGGUUGAGAAUGGAGACUCCCUGGAGGUGGCAUACACAGGCUGGCUCCUGCAGAACCAUGCCGUCGGACAGGUAAGAUAUGGCUGUGUUUGUUGUGCCAUUAGAGAUCAAUGCUUUGCACAAUGCUGUGUGCCGUCUUUGCCCUGGGAUGUAGUGGUACAGCAGUAGUUUUGUAAUAUUCAACUAUUGUUUCAGGUGUUUGACUCCAAUCUGAACAAAGACAAGCUACUACGAUUGAAACUUGGCGCUGGAAAAGUGAUUAAGGUGAGUUAUUUAUGUCCUAUGGGUGAAUAAUUUGGGUUGUAUGGGCACAGCUUUUGUUCUAAAUAAGAAUAGUAGUGGCAUUCCAUUCCAGACAUGUAUGGUGAAUUUACAGCUUCCUCUCUCUCCUCUCUAAUUGCCAGGGCUGGGAGGAGGGCAUGCUGGGUAUGAGGAAGUCAGGCCGGCGUCUCAUGGUGAUACCCCCCAGUCUGGGAUACGGCUCCCAAGGAGUGGCCAACCGCGUCCCAGCAGACUGCACACUUAUCUUUGAGGCAGAGCUACGACGGGUAGGACGUCCAGCAUCUUUCAAAUGGGACUGUCCAAUAACAUUAAGCCAAAGUUCAUAUUUGAUGAGUUUCUUUGUCUCCUCAUGCCCUUCUGUUGUGUCCUCAGUUGAAGUUGGCGAAGGACAGCGUGUCUGACCGUGCCAGUGCUGGGUCUCGGGACUCUGCUGCCCCCUCACCUGCCCCCAGUGUGGAGAACCUGGGCCCGGACCUUCCGGCAGGGCCCGCUCAGCCCCCUUCUACAAGCCCCGGGAGACCAGGGUAAGAGCACAGGCUUUCCUGAACACACUCAUAACCAACUCCCCCAGCUCAUUUCUGUCUUUGUCCUUCUUUCAUUGUUUUCACCUUCUUUUUCAGAGAAACACCACUUCGGGCAAAGUCAAAUUCCAUCAGUGAACAGUUGACAGUGAGUGCUUUCUCUCUCUUUCUCUUCUGAGUAACAUUAGACUUUGAUAUACAACGGGCAAAGCUGACCUGUUAGUAACCCAAACCCUAUCAGGCUGAUGAGGUAUAACCUACUCCUUAAUCUUCCCAUGGCUCCAGAAUCCAGAUGCCACCAAAGCCAAGCUGAUCUCUCGCAUGGCCAAGAUGGGACAGCCCAUGUUGCCCUUCAUGGCAGGGCCCUCCUCCCAGCCAGACUCCAGCGACUCAGAGAUGGAGGUGAGAUGGAGGGUCCAAGGGAUUGUAUUUUCACAUAGCUGCACAAUAUUAGCUGAGAUAAAGAUGCUAGACAUAACCAGUGUCUUCCUUCAGGACUCCAGAGUGAAGGCGCGUCCUGCUGCUCCCUCUCCUGUGCAGAUCUCCACUGCCCCCCAAGCGCCAGUGCAAGGUGAGCUCUCCUACAGCCUUUGCUGGAGUCAUUACUCCAUGUUUAGCUGUCCAAUAGAUGGGCCAAUAUCACUGUUUUUUAAGACCGAUGUCUUGAAUUAGACUCAGAUCUGCUGUAAAGCUUUUCAUGGUGUCGAUGUUUGUUGCUGCCCUGGGAUGUCAUUUCUCAGUUUGUACAUAAUGUUUUUUUCCUACAGUGCUUUCCUACCCUCAUGGGGCACCGCCCUCUGCCUUGAUGCCUGUCGCUAUGACAACUGCCGCUCCGCAGCCUGUGAUGCCAGGCUCCGCCCAUGCCUUUCAGGUGAGAAUGACAAAUGUCAUCUUCAUCGUUCAACUGUCAAACAUUUAAACUAAUUUCCAUGCUAUUUUGUAUUGGCUGUAGAGCUGAUUUAAAGGCUAACCUCCCUUCUAAUGAAUCUUCCUCCAUUCUCUGUUGCGUCAUUGAAUCAGUCUUAUGUUCUUUCAUAGCCUUAUGCCUACACACAGUCCUCUAUGGCUCCAUCUCAACUUCAACCAAUGGGCCAGAUUUACCCCACCCAGACAGUGCCGUACAUGGGAGGCACUGGCGAGGUCACUUCCUUCCUCAUGACUGAAGCUCGGCAGCACAACACUGAGAUCCGAUUGGCUGUUGGCAAAGUGGCCGAUAAAGUGGACCAGUUGGCGUCAAAGGUCAGCAAUAUUAUUAAGGGUAUUUCUCUUUAUCAGACAUUUCCACCUCCAGUGUGACAUCAGUUUUUCACUUCUCAUCGAUCCUCAUGUUUUGACAGGUUGACGACCUUCAGAGGCAAGGAGGCCACUCAUUGGCUAUGCCCAGUGUCACUAUGGAAACAUCCAUGAUUAUGCACAACAUCCAAAGAAUCAUUCAGGUAUAGUCUGGUUGGGGGCGGGGGGUGUGAGGGAUUUAAUACCCUAAUAAUACUUUAGUGAAAUAUCUACAUGUUUUUUUUAAUUCGUUAAAUCUCUCACUAUAUUUACUGUACAGGAAAAUGAAUCUUUAAAGAAGGAUGUCUACGAGAAGAGCUCACGUGUAGAGGAGCAGAACCACAAGAUUGGGGAGCUCAUCAACCAGAACCAGAGGUAAGACACAGACAUUGAUGCAGAAGAUAACAUUGGUGGAUCUGAAAUGGCACCAUAUUCACAUACCAAUAGGGUGCUCUUUCGGACCCAGCCGUUGAGUUUCUCCACGUGUCCAGCCAGGCUUGUCUCUUUUGUUGUUGUCCAGGUACAUGGAGCAGAGUAACCUGCUGAUGGAGCAGAGGAAUGACUCCCUGAAGUCAUCCAGUGAACACAACCAGGCCCGGGUGCUGCAGGCCCAACAGGAUAAGGUAGAUCACAGCUCCACUGCAACGCCCACCCUACUGUACAUCUGUAUAUACUGUCAUCACCCUGCAAGGAUGAACUAACCUUCUCUUAUACUCACAGCUAGGGCAAAUAUGAGGUGUGAUUAUUUAAUCCACAGCCAUGGCUCAUUAUUCUCAUGUGAUUUAACGGCUCUAUUACAGUAUCUAACAUGGCUUUAGGGAUAUUAGUGUUGUUUUUGUCUGGGGACUAGACUAACAGCCACUCUGCUGCAGCUCCUGGCUGUUUGUCCUGCUGUGUUCCUCUCAGGAACUUUAGUAGUGACUGCUCUCUCUUUCCAGCAUGCUCUGCCUCAGGACCUGGGCUUGGGCCAGGUGAGCCUGUUAGCUCUCGCUCUACCUUCCUCCACUCAUCCUCCUUCCUGUCCCCUUUUUGCUAACUUUUCAUUAAUUUUAUUUUUCUUCAGCCCUUCUCAUCAUCAAACAUCAUAAUUCACCAGUCAUCUUCUUCCCACAGUGUCAUGCUUACAGACUCCAUGUCUCUCACUCAUCAUCACGUCCAGCCAAUCCCCAUCACCAUUGUCCAGCCAAUCCCCAUCACCACUGUCCACUCUCACUGUCUAUGGCUGUGUCCCAAAACUCUGAGAUGGCCUCCUUUUCUCGUCGUCUUUCCUUCAUGACCACUGGAAAAAGGACUGGACACUGACAGUUCCCAACAUGUUGCUUUGUUUCCAGUCAGAUUAGUGAUCAUAAAGGAAAUCAGUUAUUUUAGGUUAUUGUGACAGCCUGUCUUUGGACUGUGUAUUGUAUAGACAGACAACAUUGCUGACUAAAAGUACUUGUCUCUGUCUCUUAGGUGCGUCUGACAGAGGAGCUGGCCACGUGUACAGCGCGGGUGUCCCAGCUGCAGCAGGAGGCCACGUCUCACCAGCAGAGGGCUGCAGAGCUGCAGAGCAAACUGACCUCUGCCCUGCAGGACAGCGACACACACUGCACACACAUCUCCUCCUUAGAGACCCAACUGGAAGGUUUGCAGUACUCUUACAUAAUUAUGUGCUAUAAACUGAAUGUUUUUCUUUAACUUGGUUAGAAAGGUGUCAGUGAGUGUUUUAUAUGUGAGUGUGUUUAUGUUGGUGUGAGACGGAGGAAGUGUCUCUAAAGGGGUGUUUGUGUAGAGCUGAAGGAGACGUCAGAGCGAGGCCAGGCCCAGUACCGUACAGAGAAGCAGAAACGCAAAGAGAUGGAGCUCAGAGUGCAUAACAUGGAGGAGGAGCUGCAGGACCUGAAGACUGACAAAGAAAGUUUGGAACGAGUGAGUAUGGCAUACAGUGUCUGUGUUUGUUGGUCUGCCUUUUCUCUCAAGGCUGAGGGGCCGAACGUUAUUCCAGGGUGCAUUCUCAGAGCAUGCGCAAAUCAGCUGGCAGGCAUAUUCACAGUCAUUUCCAACCUCUCCUUGUCCCAGUCUGUAAUAUCUUAAGAUGACUACCAUCAUUCCUGUUCCUAAGAACUCUAAGGCUUCAUGCCACAAUGACUACUGCCCUGUAGCACUCACAUCUGUAAUCAUGAAGUGCUUUGAGAAGCUGGUUAUGGCACACUCUACGCAGACGACACCAUUUUGUAUACAUCUGGCCCUUCAUUGGACACUGUGUUAACAAACCUCCAAACGAGCUUCAAUGCCAUACAACAAUCCUUCAGUAGCCUUCAACUGCUCUUAAACACAAGUAAAACUAAAUGCAUGCUUUUCAAUCGAACGCUGCUAGCACCCGCCCACCCGACUAGAAUCACCACUCUCGACGGGUCUGACCUAGAGUAUGUGGACAACUACAAAUAUCUAGGUGUCUGGUUAGACUGUAAACUCAACUUCCAGACUCACAUAAAGAAUCUCCAAUCCAAAGUUAAAUCUAGAAUCGGCUUCCUAUUUCGCAACAAAGCCUCCUUCACUCAUGCUGCCAAACAUGCCCUCGUAAAACUGACUAUCCUACCGAUCCUUGACUUCGGCGAUGUCAUUUACAAAAUAGCCUCCAACACUCUAUCACAGUGCCAUCCGUUUUGUCUCCAAAGCCCCAUACACUACCCACCACUGUGACCUGUACGCUCUUGUUGGCUGGUCCUCACUACAUGUUCGUCGUCAAACCCACUGGCUCCAGGCCAUCUAUAAAUCACUGCUAGGCAAAUCCCCGCCUUAUCUUAGCUCAUUGGUCACCAUAGCAGCACCCACCCGUAGUCUGCGCUCCAGCAGGUAUAUCUCUCUGGUCAUUCCCAAAGCCAACACCUCCUUUGGCCGCCAUUCCUUCCAGUUCUCUGCUGCCAAUGACUGGAACGAAUUGCAAAAAUCUCUGAAGCUGGAGACUCUUAUCUCCCUCAAUAACUUUAAGCAUCAGUUGUCAGAGCACCUUACCGAUCACUGCACCUGUACACAGCCCAUCUGAAAUUAGCCCACCCAACUACCUCAUCCAACUCCACCAUCCCAGCCACCCUAGACCCACUCCAACUUGCAUACCGCCCUAACAGAUCCAUAGACGACACAAUCUCAACUGCACUCCACACUGUCCUUACCCACCUAGAUAAGAGGAAGACCCAUGUGAGAAUGCUGUUCAUUGACUACAACUCAGCAUUCAACACCAUAGUCCCCUCCAAGCUCGUCACCAAGUUUAGGACUCUGAGACUGAACACCUCGCUCUGCAACUGGAUCCUGGACUUCCUGACAGGCCGACCCCAGGUGGUGAGGGUCACCCCCUGCCACGCUGACCCUCAACACAGGGGCCACACAGGGGUCUGUGCUUAGUUCCCUCCUGUACUCCCUGUUCAUCCACGACUGCGUGGCCACACACGACUCCAACACCAUCAUCAAGUUUGCUGACGACAAGACGGUGGUAGGUCACCGGUGACGAUGAGACAGCCUACAGGGAGGAGGUCAGUGACCUGGCAGUGUGGUGAGAGCAUCUUGACUGGCUGCAUCACUGCUUGGUAUGGCAACAGUACCGCACUCGAUCGACUGGCGCUACAGAAGGUGGUGCGGACGGCCCAGUACAUUACUAGGGCCGAACUCCCUGCCAUCCAGGACCUCUAUAUCAGGCGGUGUGAAAGGAAGGCCCAGCCUCCCAAGCCAUAGACUAUUCUCUCUGCUUCUGCACGGAAAGUGGUACCGGUGCAUCAAGUCUGACACCAACAGGCUCCUGAACAGCUUCUAUCCCCGAGCCAUAAGACUGCUAAAUAGCUAACAGGAUGGCUACAUGGACUAUCUGAGUUGACCCUUGUAUUGUAUUUUUUAUUUUUGCACUGUCUAUAUGCACACCAACACACACUGACACUCCAACACACACACACAACUUGCACACACAUUUAUACUGACUCUACACACACUCGCAUACAAUCAUAAUUUACGCUGCUGCUGCUACUCUGUUUAUCUUAUAUCAUGAUGCCCAGUCAUCUUACCUCUAUACAUAUCUACCUCUAUCACUCUAGUAUCCCUGCACAUUGUAAAUAUGGUAUUGUAACUAACCCUGUUUAAACAUUAAUAUUUAGCCUCCAACGCUUAUGUCGAUGUGCGUGGGGCUAUCAGACAUCUCUGGUAGAAAUUGCCCAAAGGCACAGAUCUAGGAUCAGCUUACAGAUCUCAGCUCUUUUCAAUCCUAAACCAUAACCUUUACCAUUAGAGUGGGAAAAUGACCUAAAACUGACAUUAGAUUGGUGUCUAAGGGUAGCUUCAUCUUUCUUCUCUUAGACACUGUCGGACAGGAAGAGGAAGUGGCAGGCGGAGAGGCAGCGGUGUGAUGAGGAAAUGGAGGAGCUGAGGAGGAGCAGCCAGCAGGACAUGGACAGUCUGAAGACCCAGCUCCGGAAGGCCAGGACCAGCACUGGCCAGGCAGCCUCAGAACAGGUACUGUACAGGGUGUAGUAAUAUUGUCUAUGGGGAGAGGGUGAUGAUAACACAAAUAUUUACACAGCUCAAUCUCCUUUUGGAGAUGUUUAUUUUAAUUUGAAUGAAGAGUAAUUGUGUGUGCCUGACUGUGCUUGUGUGCUUAUAUUUUUGCGUGUGUUUGUUCCAGCUAGCCCAGCUGCAAGCAGAGCUGGAGGAGGAGUGGAAGGGGAAGUGUGAGCAGGCGUUGGCCUCUGCCCAGGAGCAGCAGGGGCGUCAGAUGGCCCAACUGGCAGAGCAAAAGGACACACUGGAGCAGGGACUGACCCAGCUACAGGAAAAGGUCAACAGCCUAACCCAUAUUUUACCGUACACAAAGCUUUCUCUCUCCUGACGCCCCUUUGGACUCCUGAGUUAAUACAUAGUUUUAUAUUGUGUGGCUAAGGGGGGAUUUGUUAAUGUUGUUAUACAACAAUGGAAUUACAUAAGUAUAAGGCUGUGAAAUGACUUAUUGUGUAGCUUAAUCUGCGAGAGUCUAGUGGUGCGGAAACCUAACUAGUUCCUUCUCAUUCUACCAGUUCUCAUCUCUGAAGCAGUCCAGGGACUCAGAGGAGCAGUGCUUGCUACAGCAGCAGGGACAGGACGAGGAGCUGCAGGUCCUACAAGAAAAGGUACUGGUGUGUUUACAUUUUAGUAUGGCAUUAGCAGCUAACUCUCUCCAUAUCAUUAUGAAGUCCUCUUUCUCACACACUCACAUUCUCUCUCUCUUUUCUCUUGUUCUCUCUUUCUCUCCUCUCUUUCAGUAUUCAGGCCUGCAGGAGCAGUCAUCAGCUAUGAAGCAGAAGCUUGAGGGGCGAGUGGCUGAGCUGGAAAGGAGGCUGGCAGAGCAAGGGGGCCAAGAGGACACUGCAGGACGGGACACUGCAGGACAGGACACUGCAGGGGAGGUGAGAGGGACACAGAGACAUGUUUUCAUUGUGAGAGCUGAGUGUCUUUCUUACCUGUACUUCAUGGUUUGACCCUAGCCCUGUGUGCCCUGGCAGGUGAAGCGUGUGAUGAACGGAGUGUUCCACUCUCUGAGGGGGGAGUUUGACCUACACGAGACCUACACAGGCAGUGCUGUGCUCAGUGUAAUCGUCAACACCAUAAAGGUACUGCAUCUCUGCACGACAAUUAUCAAAACUGUUCUCUUAUUACUGUGUUAUUCACAAUGGAGAUGGACUGAAAGGGAUUUGGGUGAAUUAAUGUUGGUCUUUGACCCUUCAGAGUGUUACUUUGCAACUGCUCAAUGGUACUGAGAGACCUUCGUCCCAUCGGAGGGAAGAGGAGGAGGAGGAGGAGGAGGAGGAGGUGGUGGAGGACAGUGAUGUGAGGCAUAGAGAGGAGAGACCACCACAUGAUGUCCAUGUGAAUGGGGAGGAAGAGGAGGAGCAGAGGACAGAGCCAGAGCAGCCUAGUGAGGCCGUUGGGCAGAGGGAGGGAGACCCCAGAGAUGUGCAGAAGAGGUCUCACCUGGAGGCAGUACCAGAGACCGAGAAGCCGACUAAGGUGGAGCUAGAGGCAGACAUCUACACAGAUCCAGAGCACCAAUCACACUCAACCCAGCCACGACCAACAUCUCCCCAGCCACAGGGAGAUAACACCACCGAGGCUUCGGAACCCACUGACAUAAACCCUGAGGAGAAUCUGCCCUCUGAGAUGGGACAGAAAACUCAGUCAGAAGGUGACAUAAGUACCCCAGAGGUGAAGAAAGUGAGUGUGACUAUUGAGGGUCCCAUGGGUGAACUGGAAAUAACUAGCCCCAAAGCCACCGGUCCUCCAACCCAGCCCCCACCUCCACCAAGCCCUCUGCAUGAUAGUCCUGGGAAAGUAACAAGGUGAGUUCUAUAGAGAGACCACUGAACUACACAACCCAGGCUCAUUUAAUUUAGCCUUAUCUAUGUUCAUAAUAAUAAGUCUGUUGUCCCUUGCUAAUAUGCAUGAAUUCCUGCACUUCUCUCGGCCUUCUAUCCCCCCCCUCGCUCUCCCUCCUUGCUCUACUCUUAUGUCCAUUCUCACUCGUGUGUUCUAUUCUCUCAGUCUGACUGAGGGAGUAGGAGAGGAAAAUGGGAAGGAGACAUUUUUCCAGAGCACAGCCCCAACCAAACCCCCACCACCACCCACUGAGGAGGAGGAGGAGGAGGAUGAGCUGGUGAGGAAGGAUCAGUAGAGCCACACCAGUUCUCUCAGAUUUCUAAACACUGCUUCUGUUCCCCUUGUUUGUCAGUAAAGCCUAAGUUUGUCUGUUACGCGGCCUACUGAAUAGUACAUCAGGUAACAUUAAGCUGGUUUCAAGAUAGAAUUCAGUGGCAGGAUCCUCUGCUGUUGAAUGUGUAUGACAGGAAUUUGUUCUGAAUUACUUAAUUCAUUUCCAAACAGUCUCAGUUAAGUGUUUUGUGGUUGGUCAGCGUAGGAUUACUGAACACUCACAUUUGAUAUACUUUUUCCCAUGUUUUCUCAGAGCUUGAAGGGGCGACCUCCCCCAGCCCCUCUGUUUGGUGAUGAAGAGGAUGAAGAUCUUGACUGGCUGGGCUGA